GCGCUGUAGUGGGCCCGGGGACAGUGAGUUUCGAAAAUCAAGGCAAAGAAUUCGGUCUCAGCACAGGGCAAAGAAAGAACAACACAACACGACACGACCGUUUCUGGUUACUAUUUACUUCCCACUUCCACUUCUUACAAACACCCAACAUCAACCUAUUCUCGCUCUCUUCUUUUUCUUCUUGUUUUUGUUUGUUUUUCCACUCUUUGCUGUGUUUCUUUUCUAAGCUACCCUCUCCAUGGAGCUUUCCCACGCGGCGGCCAACCGCUCUGAGCCGGGUUUCAGGGCGGAGAUCGACACAUCGGCGCCCUUCGAAUCGGUGAAGGAAGCCGUCACGCGGUUCGGCGGCGUUGGUUAUUGGAAACCCAUUAUUCAUGGUCUUAGUAAUACCCACUUUGUUCCUCCUCAGCAGCAUGACACAGAAGAGCUUGACGCUGGAAAGCUGGAGGAGCAAGCUGGUAUGUUGGAGAAAGAGCUGAUCCUGAAAGAAAGGGAAACUCUUGAUGUCUUAAAAGAGUUGGAAAGUACCAAAAGGCUUGUGGAGAAUUUGAAAACAAAGCUACAGAAAGAAGAAUCCAUGGCGAAUUUGAAUUUUCAGAUGAGUGUGUGCAAUGAUAUAUCUUCUGUUAAGGAAGAUGAGAAGGAAGAUAAGGAAAACCAAGUGAGUAAUGUUGUUCAUCAUUCAUCGUCCCCGGGUUUAAUAUUAAUGGAAUUGAAGCAAGCGAAGUUGAAUCUGAACAGAACUACAAGUGAUAUUGCUGAUGUUCGUGCUUCUGUUGAAUCACUCAAUAAGAAGUUAGAGAAUGAAAGACUGUCACUUGAGAAAACCCGUGAGAGGUUAACUCAGAAUUCUUCAAAGAUAUGUUCUCUUGAGGAAGAGCUAAACCAGACAAAACUAAAACUGCUAGUGGCCGGUUCAGAUAACCCUUCGGACAUUACAAGAGAGCUUCAGCGUUUAAGUUCUGAGUCAGAGCAUUUCAAGAAAUUGGGAGAAGCUGCAAAAUCAGAAGUCUUGAAGGCAAUGUCUGAGAUUGAACAGACAAAAGCUAUGAUCAAAACUGCCGAAAUCCGGCUGGUUGCUGCCCGAAAAAUGAAGGAAGCUGCUAGAGCAGCAGAAGCUGCGGCCCUUGCUGAGAUCAAGGCUUUAUCUCAUCAUGAGAAUUCACCUGGAGAUGAUUGUGUGCAAAAGCAUGAUGGAGUUACCCUUUCCUUUGAAGAAUACACUGCUCUUACGUGCAAGGCACGAGAGGCAGAGGAACAUUCUAAGAAGAGAGUUGUUGAUGCAAUGCUUCUAGUUGAUGAAGCAAACAUAUCAAAAAUGGACAUUUUGAAGAAAGUGGAGGAAGCCACAGAAGAAGUUAAGACCAGCAAGAAGGCUCUUGAAGAUGCUCUAGAAAGGGUAGAGGCUGCAAAUAGAGGAAAGCUAGCCGUUGAAGAGGCUUUAAGGAAGUGGCGAUCAGAGGGUCAUAAACGUCGUUCUUCUAUACAUAGCUCUACAAAGUUUAAAAAUGCUUACCCUUCCCAUAGGAAGGGUUCUUCUCGGUUACUUGAUGUCAAUGGGGUGAAUCUGUUGAAUGAUGAAGCCAAGCCUGUUCUGAAGCCAACACUGUCUAUAGGGCAAAUAUUGAGCAGGAAGUUGAUGAUGCCGGAAGAGUAUGAAGCCGCAGCGAUGCUUAGAGAGCGAAGCUCGGUGAAACGGAAGGUAUCUCUUGGUCAGAUGUUAGGGAAACAUAAUGCAGAUCCAUCCUUUGACAGGCAAGCUGAGAAGGAAAAUGGUCAGAAGGUGUUUUCUGCUAAGAGAAAGAAAUUUGGAUUUGGUCGAUUCUCCCUUCUUUUGACAAAACAACAAAAGAAGAAGAAGCCAACACUGAACUUGAGGUGAUGGCUUGCUUGAUCAUCUUGUGCUGAGUGCUGACAACUGAGACUAUAUUUAUUUGCAUCUCUAUCUGUUCCAUCUCUUCCUCUUAUUGUGCUUGCUUGACUAGAUUCUUGUUUGUUGUGUUUACCUUGCUUGUAUAUUAACUGAAGUUUGUCCAUGCUACUUGUAGAGAUGAUUUAUGGGAAUUAAACUCUUGUAAUGUAAGUUGAUGAUGUUAUAAUUCUAAUAUGCCUGAGAUUGUUUUA